AUGGAGUAUCGUAGUAUUAGUACAGCCGUUAUCUCUUUAGGAUUUGGAGGGGGAGAAGAGAGUUUAAAAAGGAAUCCUUACUUGACACAGAUUAAUGGAUGGCUUAAGGGUGAUGAAGAAGAGGUUGGAGAGAUAUUUAGGUUUAAAUUAGAGCAGAAUAGUUACUAUGGAGUGAUAAGUAGUUCAGGACGAGUGAGUUGGUUUGGAGUGGCUGGUAGUGCAACAUACUUAGGAACGUAUGAUUUAGUAGUAAAUGAACAGUAUACUAAUAUCUUUGCUUUUCUAGACCUAUCUGCUCGUCGAGAUAAAAUGGGUUUGAGUUUGAGUGGAGUAAGUAAUGGUAUGGGUUUGAGUGGAGUAAGUAGUGGUAGUAGUAGUGGUAGUGGAGUAAGUAGUAGUACUGGAGUAAGUAAUAAUAGUAUUAGUAGUGGUAAUAGCAAUGAAGUAAGUAGUAGUAUUAGUAGUGGUAAUAGUAAUAAUGAAGUAGGUAGUAAUAGUAGUACUGGAGUAAGUAAUGAAGUACCCAUUGAAGUACCCAUUGAAGUACCUAAUGGAGUACCUAAUGAGUGUGUACGGGUGGGAGUUAGUACGGCAGUUGUUUUUGGUCGAGAGGAAGUGUUUAUUGCUGGUGGUGGCUGGAUUAGAAGGUAUAAUAGAAGUGGUGAUAAAAUUGGUGAGAUAGAGAGUGGACUUGGUGAAAUUAGUUGGUUGUACUUAUCUUUAUGUGGUUGUUAUUUGUUAAUUAAGUAUCAGAAAGGUAGUUUACAUCUUUAUGAUUUAAAACGGCUGGUUUAUAUUUACCAGAAGAAACAUAUGAAUGGUUUAACAAGUAUUUUUGGUGACGUCAUGAAAGAUAUGACUUUUAUUACUAUUUUAGGCAAGUCUUUAUGGCUAGGCCGGAUUUGGACAUUAGAAGUCCUUUUAGAACUAACUUAUCCUGAAGACCUUUUAGUAGCUACUAUGGACCUUUUACAAAGAAGAAUAGUAGUAGGUACUCAUACGGGUAAGAUCUACCAAACAAGAUUAGAUGGAGAACCAAGUGAAUUUAUUGAAAGUCAGAUAUCUAAAGAUCCGAUUAGUACUCUUUUCUUUGCUCCUUGUGGGACAAUUCUCUAUGCAAUUUCUGGUGGCAGCUUAUUAAGUAUUAGUAUGAAAGAUGGGAAGGUAUUAAGGACAAUAAUGACUGGGAAAAGACGAUUUAGAUUCAGUAGAAUGACUAGCAGCUAUUUACAUUUGGAAUAG